CAUCUGUUGUGUGGACUGGAGCCAGCCUUAAAUCUAGUUAUUGCUGUUUGGAACGUGCUCCUGCAAACCAGAUUUUAAAAGGAUUUUCCUGUUAAUUCACAGCUUAUUCUGUCUCUUGUUUUACAGGAAGAAAAGCUGACUUAGUCAUUGAAAUGGAUACAAUACUAAGUUACAGGUCAGAAGAUACUGAAGAUUACUACGUGUUACUGGGAUGUGAUGAACUGUCUUCGGUUGAACAAAUCCUGGCAGAAUUUAAAGCCAGAGCCUUGGAAUGUCACCCCGACAAACAUCCUGAAAACUCCAAAGCUGUGGAGACCUUUCAGAAACUGCAGAAGGCAAAGGAAAUUCUGACUAAUACAGAGAGUCGUGCCCGCUAUGACCACUGGCGAAGGAGCAAGAUGUCAAUGCCAUUCCACCAGUGGGAAGCAUUGAGCGAUUCGGUGAAAAUGUCAAUGCACUGGGCUGUCAGAGGUAAGAAAGACCUGAUGCUGGAAGAAUCUGACCAUAUUCAUACCAACAAGAUUGAAGAUGAGGAAUGGAAUGAGCAAAGAGAAAUAAAGAAAGAGGAGCUGGUUUCAACCGCAGAGAAAAUGGAGCAAAAAGAAUCCAAGUCCUUGGAGAAGUCAUUCUCCCCACAAAAUCCAGAUUCUCCAAUCUUUUCAGAUGUGAACUCUUGGCACCUUCGUUUCCGCUGGUCUGGGGACGCUCCCUCAGAACUCCUGAGGAAAUUCAGAAACUAUGAAAUAUGAAAAGUGUCUGCUCGGUGGGAGAGAGAGUGCAAGAUCAUCUCCUGUGCUGCCAACAAGUCUUUGUUUAAAUCUUAAAAACGUUGUGUUUCUCUGUCAUGUUGUGAAUCGCUCAGUACUGAUUGAUUCUUCCAACCUUGAACUCAUUCUAUCAAAAUGUGUGUUUUAAAUGAAAAUUUUCAGACCA